UUCAAAAUGGCGGAUAUCGUAGGCGUGUUGCCGGAACCUUUCGCUCCCGUGUCUACGAUAAACGGCCUUUCUGAGGAUAUGAGAAAAACAAAGAAGGAAGACUCAAGAACCUACCUGUUUGUAGCCGUAGCCAUCCUGGACCAUGCAUCGGCAAUCCUAGGGAUACCAGUCAUUCUACAAAAGUUAAAGGGCCCCAGAAACGACUUCAGAGUCGACGUCAACCUACCGACAGUGAAGCAAGCGUGUUCUCUAGCCGUGCACAAGAUGAGAACAUAUAGUAUGGAGCAAGUCAUGGCAGGAGACGUAGACGUGAUGACAGUGGACAGCUUUGAAGACGACGAGGCGAGACGCAAAGUAAAGGCUGCUAUAGAAGAGCGGAUGCAGUGCAUGAUCUACGGACGGCAACCUGCGAAGACUAGAGCUAGACAGCUAAAGAAGUUCCCAACGAAGGACGGUAGAGUGGCAAUUACUCUGAGUUGUCCAGCGUUCAACGAACAACAGGGACGUGUUCUUGCUGUGAUAGAUGGGGAAGACCCUCCUCUCCCAGUCAUGAUGCGGAAGUCUGACCUGGACUUGGAAUGGAGGGGAGGAGAAGAGUCCGCUUCAGACUUUGGAGGAAGAAAAAGGGGAGAAAAACUCAACGACGAGGAAUUCACAAAGAUGGUGGAACUUCUCGAAAGGGUGCUUCAAGGCAUCCCAGGCUCUGAUUUGCAGCCAUUCCCGGUGUCAGAGGAUGGGAAGAUAAGCAUCCGGGACAAGCUUUUCCCCGUGAAGGUAACCAAGUCCACAUUGCUUGACUAA